AUGCGGAGUCACUCAAAUGGUCCAGUUGGACUGAGGGGACCUGAGGGCCCAGCUGGACAAAAAGGCAUAUCUGGUGAUAAGGGAAACACUGGACCUCCUGGACAGAAAGGACCAAAGGGAAUUGAAGGCAACAGAGGUAAUCAAGGGGCACCGGGAACAAAGGGGCCACCAGGGAAACAGGGAUACAGGGGUGCACCAGGAGACACAGGAAAACAGGGGGUUCCAGGGUUCAAGGGUGAGCCAGGUACCAGGGGUACAUCAGGCCUGCCUGGACCAUUCGGACCGGGAGGCAACACCGGGCCAGCAGGAGUCAAAGGCCUGAGGGGGCUCCCAGGACAAACUGGCCCGCCGGGUAGUAUAGGUCCCCCUGGACCGAUUGGACCAUCAACACCAGGUUUGCCUGGCAACAAAGGUGCUGAUGGCAAAACUGGAAUCCCCGGGCCGAAGGGAAGUCAUGGUGAGAAGGGCAAACUUGGUCUUCUGGGCAUCAAAGGAGACAUGGGUGAAAGAGGACAAAAAGGUGGAAAAGGAGAACCUGGGGCACGAGGCACAGUGGGCACACCGGGGAAGGUGGGGUUCAUUGGCUCUCCAGGUGCCAAAGGUCGACCUGGACCUGCUGGUCCUCCUGGACUUCCAGGAACUAAAGGAAUCCAGGGGCCAAAGGGAAAAAGAGCCCAGCCUGGAAGGAAAGGGAACAAGGGUGCUCCUGGAAGAAAAGGACCUGAAGGCCCACCGGGAAAACCAGGACCAGCUGGACGACCUGGAAAACCUGCAAGUAUCCCUUUUGACAGAUACUGUAAAAUACAUGCAUUUAUAUGUUUAUAUAUAAAUCAUUACUGCUACGUGAAACCACUGCUCAUUUCAAAUUUUAGAAUGAAAUUGACGUUAAAUUUUAAAAAAUUCAGUUUACAUUGUGACAUAAACUGAUUACUUGUAGUUUGUAUUUUAGUUAAAGUUAAAGAGAGGAAUGUAUUGAUGAUUAAUGUUUUCUUUUUUGUUAUCAUUUUCUCAGGGCCUGA